GACGCAUCGUCAGCCCCUCGCGGCUCCGAUAUCGUGGGACUCGCAUCGCGCGUGCAGUUUGUGUUUAUUUACCUAUACUCAGGCACUGGUGCAACGGAUAUCGUCGUCGUCGUCGUCGUUGUUGUCGUGUCCUCGACGGCGGUGGAUUUCCGUUCUGUUCGAGCCCUGCGAGCUUCGAAAAAGCGGAGGGCGGAGAAUCGACGGGGAACGGUUCACGGUUCAAUUGACCCUGACAAAGAGAGUGCGCGAAAUUCUCGAGAGGUUGAGGUUGAGGAGGUCCGGGCCUCGAGGAGUCGGCAGGGGUCGCGAACUGGGGGAAAGGAGGAAGAUUCUUAUCGCUCGGGAGCAUGUAGCUCCCUUGGGAAACCCCCGACUAUCCCACCUGGUAAUACGAGAGCACGUACUCUAAGGAAUGUUUGCUGUGACAACAUGAGAUCGCUCUGGAUCGCUCGCCAGUUUCGCUACGGUUCUCGGCUCCUUGACCAUCGUUUUUAACUUGCUUGUUUAUCAGGGACGACGUGUCUUCAUCACAUUGAUUAGGAGGGCGAUGGUGCUCCUCCCUUAGCGUGGAUAUGGUAACGAUGAGCUCCGACAAGCUGGCGUGCCGGCGAAAGCUGGCGGAGAACAACACCGCGAAGGGAGGCACCGAGCAACCAGGUGGCCGAGGACGCAGCGACGUCUCUCACAGGAGGCAACACUCCUCCGAUCAGUCUGCCAACGCCUCCGGAGAAACGGCUCCAGCCACCGGAGGGGUUCAAAAAUCCACGACCCCAUCCUGGCCCGUUGACACGCCCAACUACCUCGUCUAUCAAAAAAUGGAGUCAAUUGUUGAGAAGAUGCUGGAUGAAGUGACGGGAGUGCCUGUAAAAACUGUCAAAACUUUCAUGACGAAAAUUCCAUCUGUUUUUACUGGAAGUGACCUCAUUGCUUGGAUGAUGAAGAAUAUGGAGAUCGAGGAUCAAGAAGCACUUCACGUCGCACACCUGAUGGCAGCGCAUGGCUAUUUCUUUCCAAUCGACGACCACUGCCUUACCGUAAAGAAUGACAACACCUUCUAUAGGUUUCAAACCCCCUACUUUUGGCCAUCAAAUUGUUGGGAACCGGAGAACACUGAUUACGCCGUUUAUCUGUGUAAACGAACAAUGCAGAACAAAACAAGAUUAGAAUUGGCUGAUUACGAAGCGGAGAAUUUGGCCAGGUUGCAAAAAAUAUUUUCCAGGAAGUGGGAAUUCAUAUUCAUGCAAGCAGAAGCCCAGAGUAAGGUUGACAAGAAACGAGACAAACUUGAACGCAAGGUUUUGGACAGUCAAGAGCGAGCGUUUUGGGAUGUUCACAGGCCUAUGCCUGGAUGUGUAAAUACCACAGAAUCUGAUAUUAAAAAGGCAUGCCGCAGUAAUAAACCCGCAGCAAAACCCAGCAAGCAUCUGCAGCUAGGUGUUGGCGGAGGAAGAAUAUCGCCAAGUCACACAGACUCUGAUGUCAGCUCUCCAACGGAUACGUUGCAGAAUGAGAUCACGAUGUUGAAGCAGAGAUUAGAUCGUCGAAAUAUUAAAGUCUCAAAAGUCGCCGAAGCAUUGAUCAAUUAUUUUGAGCAAUAUGUGGAGUAUGAUCCAUUCUUCACCCAACCAGAGUUCACCAAUCCAUGGGUUUCGGAUAAUCCAGAAAUGUGGGAACAGGAAAAAAUAGCAAAAGAAAUAUCUGCUAGGCGGGUAAAACGAUGGGCUUUUAGUCUACAAGAAUUACUUCAAGAUCCAAUUGGCAGAGAACAGUUCGUGCGUUUUUUGGAUAAGGAAUUUAGUGGAGAAAAUUUGAAAUUUUGGGAAGCUGCACAGGAAUUGAAAACCUUACCUCAGCGUGACGUUCAAGCUAGAGUUCAAGAAAUAUGGGAUGAAUAUUUAGGUAUUGAUGCCAGCUGUCCGAUUAACGUUGAUUCAAGAUCGUACGAGUCUACUAAGAAGAACUUGGAACAGUCGGACAGAUGGAGUUUCGACAUCGCUGCUGCUCACGUAUAUCACUUGAUGAAAAGCGAUAGUUAUUCGAGAUAUCUACGCUCAGAAAUGUACAAAGAUUUUCUCAACGGUUCCAAGAAAAAAUUCAUUAGUGUUACUUUCACCUUCUGUUUCAGACAUCAGUAAAAGGUAUCCGUUCCAUUGUGUCGUUCACCGCUCGCAAGGAUGCUACAGGAUCUUAACUGAAACAUGUAAUAAUUUUGUGGCUAGUGCGAUGUUUCAAUUUUUAGUCUCCAUUGACAUUCGAGCUUAUAGACUGAAGAACGCGACGAUGCACAGUAAUUUUUUUCGUUCUGCAUUACAGACAUGCUUUGAAUUUGUUAUACCGCACCUGCCGAGUUGAAAAGUUUUCAGGAGAGUGCUGCUGCACUGGAAUUUCAAUGAGAUUCUCGAUAAUGCAGUUCUGAUAUUUUCCUUAUAGGGUGCGCGGAAAGGGAGGGUGGGGGGGGGGCGGGGAUCAUUGUUUCCAAAUGAUGUGAUAUAAUUAUAAAACGGUGUUAUUAUUAUAUGAAUAAACGAAGUAGAUGCGAAGAAAAUUGAAAGGGUAAGGAAUAAGAAAAUUGCCAACCUGACAGAAUAUUCACUGAUAUAGUAAUCUCGCAAAUAUGUACACUCAUUCAUGUAUCCAGUAUACACAUAGAUUUGUAUACACAUCGGAAGUCUACACAACAUUGAUAAAACCUAGCCCACUGCCGACAAUUGCAAAUAUAUAUUUUUUGAGGUGUAUGAAUUCUAUGUAAAAAUAAUUCAUUGUGAGUUCAGAAACUGUAUUUCAAUUAAUUAUUCAUUACCGUGAAGAAGAGCUAGAAACUCGACCAGAACAUUUGAUAGACCGAUUGCUGUUUUUACUGUUCAGAGAGGAGCACAGAUAAGUGCGUGUCGAAUUGUAAAAGUCAACUUGUAUAAAUAAAUACAAUUGUACAACCCAUGAGAUAAUCAAAUCAUGCUCACUAGAGAGAGAAUCGCUGUUCUUCAAACUUAGAGUGCAAACAUUGAGAAACAAUCUCUUUCUAACUCUUAAGUAUUUUAUAAAUAAAUGUGAAUGUAUAUAAUUUGACGUACAAGAUAAAAGAAGUUUCGAUGACUCAACUUAAAUACUGCAGCAAAACAAGAAAGACUUUAAGAUGCAUAUAAUAUUAGACAAUGAACUACAAAUUUUUUUGAGAUAUUAUUUAAAAAUAAGUCACAAACCUCUACACUGGAGAGUGGCUGCAAACAGUCGACUGGAAAAAAUAUACUGAUCACUUUUAAUCCUCGGUGAUAUAGCCGAGUACUUAAAGUUGUUGUGAUUAUAGAUGCUGACUAGACAAAUUGAAUGUAUGUGUGAUAGGCUGUAGGGUGUAUAAACAUUUACGUGUACAAUUAAGGAAUGCUCAUGUGGCCGAUACACAUUAGAACAUUUGUUAUAUUAAAUAUAA